AGCAGCAGACGCCCGCCAGUGGGGAGCGGGCCGAGGCGGGACGCGGUGGCUGAGGCGGCGCGGGGAGCGAGCGGUGUUUGUGUAGGAGGCAGUGGGGCGCGCGCCAGCUCCUGGAGGCCUCGGAAGCUGGGGUGAGGGGCCGAGCCUCAGCAACCGAACGGAGCCGUUCGUGAGCGUCACCGGCUCUGUGGAGGAGGAGCGGCAGCCUGAGGGAUAUUAGAAAUGGCUACUCCCCAGUCAGUUUUCAUCUUUGUAAUCUGCAUUUUAAUGAUAACGGAAUUAAUUCUGGCAUCAAAAAGUUACUAUGAUAUCUUAGGUGUGCCCAAGUCAGCAUCAGAGCGCCAAAUCAAGAAGGCUUUUCACAAAUUGGCCAUGAAGUACCACCCUGACAAAAAUAAGAGUCCUGAUGCUGAAGCAAAAUUCAGAGAGAUUGCAGAAGCAUAUGAAACACUCUCAGAUGCUAAUAGACGAAAAGAGUAUGAUACCCUUGGACACAGUGCUUUUACUAAUGGUAAAGGACAAAGAAACAGUGGAAGUCCUUUUGAGCAGUCAUUUAACUUCAAUUUUGAUGAUUUAUUUAAAGACUUCAGUUUUUUUGGUCAAAACCAAAACACUCGGUCUAAGAAGCAUUUUGAAAAUCACUUCCAGACACGUCAGGAUGGUUCUAGUCGACAGAGGCAUCAUUUUCAGGAGUUUUCUUUUGGAGGUGGAUUGUUUGAUGACAUGUUCGAAGAUAUGGAGAAAAUGUUCUCUUUUAGUGGCUUUGAUACCAGCAAUCGACAUACAGUACAGACUGAAAAUAGAUUUCAUGGCUCUAGCAAGCACUGCAGGACUGUCACUCAACGACGAGGAAAUAUGGUUACUACAUACACUGAUUGUUCAGGACAAUAGUUGGUUCUUUUCCUUUUCUCACUAAACCCACCUAUUUGACUCUUCCUCAGUGUCUUUGUAAAACAGUUUUCUGUGAACUUUUUUGACAAGUGCAUGGUUUCACUUAGUUUAAACAGUUUGACAUAGCAAUUACAUAUAUUUAAAUUGUUUUUGAAGAAUUCAGCAACAUUCAGCUAGUAGAUAAAAAUCUAAUUAUUAUUUCUAAUUAGGAAAGGUUCUUUAAAGAAAGAUAAAAAUCUGCCUGGGUUGUUUUAUUAUUAUUAUUUUUUCCUUUCUACCUGCCCUUGGGCUCAUUAAUGUGGCCAGUUUUAUUCCCCUGCCCCCUAAAAAAAGAUUGAGUUUGCUUGAUACAUCAAGAUUAAACUUUAAAAGUUAUUGUAGGCAUAAUUGUGUGAAUUUUAAUGAUUUUUGCAGUGAAACCUUUGCUAAUUUAAAAUUGCAUGCUCUGUAGCAUCUGACUUGGGUUGCUAAAUAUAUGUGAACUAAUUGAGUCAGCAAAAAAAAAAAAGCACAGUAUCUCGGUUAAUUGCCACUAAAA